AGAUAGUUUUAUGAAGCUUAAAAGAACUAAGCAUUUUUCAGGACACAUGAUGCCAGUAUAUUUGCUGAUUUCUAUUUAUUUCAUCCUGUUUUGCAGGUGGAACUUGACGUCUUGCGGAACCAGCGUAGCCAGCUCAGAGUGCAGUGAGGAGCUGUUCUCAUCAGUUUCAGUUGGUGAUCAGGAUGACUGUUACUCGCUACUGGAUGACCAGGAGUUCACCUCUUUUGAUUUGUUCCCUGAGGGCAGUGUCUGCAGUGAUGUCUCCUCUUCUAUCAGCACAUACUGGGAUUGGUCAGACAGUGAGUUUGAAUGGCAGUUGCCUGGCAGCGACAUUACAAGUGGGAGUGAUGUACUUUCUGAUGUUAUACCUAGUAUUCCGAGCUCUCCCUGCCUACUUCCGAAAAAGAAAAACAAGCAUAGGAAUCUUGAUGAACUUCCAUGGAGUGCAAUGACAAAUGAUGAACAGGUUGAAUAUAUUGAAUAUUUGAGUCGCAAAGUUAGUACAGAGAUGGGCCUUCGAGAGCAACUUGAUAUCAUUAAAAUUAUUGAUCCUGCUGCUCAGAUCUCACCUACAGAUAGUGAAUUCAUUAUUGAAUUGAACUGUCUCACAGACGAAAAACUGAAACAGGUGAGAAACUAUAUCAAGGAACAUGGACCUCGUCAACGGUCUGCCAGGGAAAGCUGGAAGAGGAGUAGCUACAGUUGUGCAAGUACCAGUGGUGUGAGCGGUGCCAGUGCCAGCAGCAGCAGCGCCAGCAUGGUCAGCUCAGCCAGCAGCAGCGGUUCCAGCGUGGCUAACUCCGCUUCAAACUCGAGUGCCAACAUGAGUCGAGCGCACAGCGAUAGUAAUUUGUCCACAAGUGCUGCAGAACGAAUCCGGGAUUCAAAAAAACGCUCCAAGCAACGGAAACUACAGCAAAAGGCCUUACGCAAGAGACAGCUGAAAGAACAAAGACAAGCUCGUAAGGAAAGACUGAGUGGAUUAUUUCUUAAUGAAGAAGUGCUCUCUUUAAAAGUGACUGAGGAGGACCAUGAAGGAGAUGUGGAUGUUUUAAUGUGACAGGGGGGAAAUUAUCAGUGUUCUUUCUAAGCCUUAAGUGUAUUAUCCUUAUUGUUUACAUAUAUUUCUUGACCAAAUUUUGAUUAGUGCUAACAGUAUAAACCAGAUCUUUUCUCAAGCGUAAUUUUGGUAAGAAGGUCAAAGUAUUGAGUAACUUCAGCUUGUUGAGACUAAUGUUGCAACAAAGACUUCAGAAACUUAACUGACUUCUGAAAAGCUGCUGAAUAGAUACAAUUUUAAGGAAGUUGAACUUGGCUAACAUGCCAACUUACUUAAAGACCUAAGUCUAGGGGUGCUUUUGGAUGACACUAAGCAUGCAUUGCUAUGCUUCUGAUUUUUUUUUUUUUCCAACUUAAUAUUAUAUUUGCCUUGUUCGGUUUUCCUUCCCCAGUAUUAGGAAAUUUGUUUAGCAUGAGGGAAAAAUCUUUAGUUCUAUAGGGGUUUCUUCAGUCUUGCUCUUGGAUCAUACAAAAUCAAAAUACUGUGAUAGAUCCUUUUCUAGAAGUUGCGAUUUAACUCAACACAGAAAACAAGAAGCAGGACUUCUAAUGCAGGGAAUCUGUAACACAAUUAAUGCCUAAUAAUUUAGUUCUUUAGGAAGCAAUUAGAAUUCAAAAAAACUACUUGCAAGUUUAGUCUUCAGAAAGUUAUUUUACUGCUCAGUAUCUUAUAGCAUGAUUGUUACUGAUGGUUGAUCAGUACAUCCCUAGUAUUGCUAUGAAAAGAUUCAAAUGAAAACAUCUUUAUGUGUUGGAAGUACACUAAUCUGCAAUUAAGUUGUCCAGGAUACUACUUAAAAUAGUUAAAAAUGCUACUGGAAACUGAAGUGCAAACAAGCAUCAUACAAUGCUGGUCGCUCUUUUCCCCAGAAGCAUAUCUAAAUAGAUUCAUGUUGUUGGCAAGAGAACUUAAUUAAUGCAGCUGUGCUUUUUAAUUGUAUGUUUAGCUGAGGAUGUGUCUUCUGUGUGGGUUGUUACACCAUUACAUGUUACAGAAUUCUCCUUUUGUCUAUCUACUUUUGAAAUUUCUCUUGCUAAGAAUGAGGUAAAAUCGUGGCUUUCAGGUAGGGAGGUAAAAGUAGUUUAAACCUGCUUCCUAAUUCUGACAAUCUUUUUAAGGUGAUUUUUGUCUUUAUCUUGGAACCACUUCUUACAGAACUCCUUUUCCCCACAGCUGAGAUAAAAAUGAUACUUCUAAAUUUCAAUGUGAAACUUAAAAGAUCAUGAAAGUGUUUUCUAGUUCUGAGUUUAGAAAGUAAUUUUUCAUUAUCUUGAUGGUUCAUUACUUUCAUUUUGCUCUGGUGAACUAAGGAGUUUGGCAGUUCAGUGCGGCCACAGGUGCCUGUGAUCGCACGAUGUAGCCCAGUCCUGCAGAAUUGCAUGGUCAGCUCUGUAUAGGACUUCUCAGUCAUUGUGCAUGUCCUGCCCAGACUUACUAGCCCUGACAGCUGAAGUAUUUUUCUUUCAGAGGUGCCAUUCCUUGUAGCCUCAAAAUAAACCUACCAGUGAAAUAUCCGAACAAUGGCCUCUGAAAGGGCUUUGGUAAAUCAGUGAGGUCCAUAGUCAAACUAGUAUGCACCAACUUAGUCACUCUUACUGCUGCUAGACAACAGGUACCCAAACUUGGCCACUGAUUGAUUAAAAUCUAUGUAAUGUCACUUUAAACUGGAACGUUAGCAGUCCUGUGUGGCAAAUUAUUUGGCCACUAACGAGAAGUGACUGUUACCUGUCAGUAUUUGCUUAUACUGCACUAUAGCUCGUUGAUGGCUGCCUCCCUCCUGUAGAAACAAUACCCAAAACUUUUUAACAGUGUAUAAGUUACUGGGAAUUUAGAUUCACUUAAAUCUGGAGCUUCUUUUAAAAAUCUUAGGUGAGGAAAAAAUUGAAUUGCUGUCAAUUUGGCUAAUUUCAGAGGUGCAGUUGUUGAAUUUUUACAGCUUACCGUGGCUGUAAUGGAUGAAUUCAUUGUGAAACAUUAUUUUCUGCAGUGACUUUGAAAUGUGAAAUUUUUUUUGAAGAAAAAUGCAUACUUAGUACCAUAGAGACUUGAGACUCUGAAUUGAAUUGUAAGAAAGGUGCAAUAUCUCAGCAUGGUGGAGCAUGAAAUUGUGUCACUUCAUUUUGUUUCAGCAGCUCUUCAGAGUUUAAAAUUCCUCAGGCUUUGUUGAAAGAAGACCCUCUCAUUUUGAUGAGGUUUAGUUCUUUUUGGUCACCUGUCUGCAAGUGUCCAGAGAUCAUGAAAUGAGGGAGGAUAGGAUUUCCAUCUUGAUCUUAGUAUGAGCAUGUAAGUAUAAAUUUAUCCAAGUGAUUGGAUCGGUCCAGUUGCUCAUCUGUUACAUUGGAUGAAAAGGUCUUGGAUGCCCCAGUAGCUUAUUGUGCCAUCUGGGUACUUCAGUCACUUGUGUGCACAGUUAAAACAACAGAAGAGAGUGGAUUUCCAGGUGUUCCAUGGUAAUAAUUUAUAGCUCUGUAAUCUCGUAGUCCCAAAAAUGCUUAUGACCUAAGAAUAAAAACCUCUGAGUGUUCUGAUAAGACUGCAGGAUAACAUCUUGCUUACCUGAACGUUGUCUCUGCCAAGUACUUGGUAUCUCAGAGAAUCAGGCCUGAAGUAGCUGUGGGAUUCAAGAGUUCUCACAUAAUUAUAUGUGUUUGGGUGUUUUUCCCUUUUCUUUUCACAUCCCUCAUAGUUCUAAUGACACACUCAUUUUGUGGAGGGUGGAGGUGUUCUUGUCAGAUUCUUGUCUUUCCCUGCAAUAUGCUGUGUACUUACCCAGGGAUGUGGUUGAGUCGCCUCCCCGGAGGUAUUUAAACGACGUGUACAUGUGGUGCUUAGGAACAUGGUUUAGUGGUGGUUUUGGCCAUGUUAGGUUUACGGUUGGACUCGAUGAUCUUAAAGGUCUUUUCCAACCUAAAUGAUUCUAUGAAUUUGUAUUGGAUACCCAUGACACUAGUCAAACAGUUGGAAUUUUAGUUAAACCUGGUCUUGCUGAUUCGGGUGUUGGCCAUUGUGGCUACUGCUUUGUUUUACAGGAAGUUAUCUACAGAUUAUUUGGUUCAGAUAGAUAAAGAAGAGUAUCAGACUGCUAAAAUCAUGCAUUCUUAUUAGUGCUUUUUCAAAAAGAAUCAAAUCUCUGCUUUUUCUUCAUAGAUAAAAAAUGUCAAGCUUAAAAUCAAAAUUGAGAUAAACCGGAAAAAACUCAUAGACAUAUGGCUCCGUGGUACUGAAGCUGUGUGUCUAGGUGCUUUGUACCCACUGUAACAUGAAUGUAAUCAGUUUAUACUCUGUAAGUUUAACGGUUUGAUUCCAUGGUAACUAUUUCUCUAAAAAGGCUUAGAAGGAGCACUGAAAGUCUGAUUGCAAUAGGACUGUAAACAAUAGAGAACAUCCUUUUCUAAAAAUAUGAGGAAGAAAAUUAACUGCCUGACAAACCUGUCUAAUUUUCGUCUGUGUAUCUAAUGUCAUCCUCUGUCUCUGUUAAGAUAUUAUCUAUUUUUCUUUAUCUGGGAAACUGAGUAAAGAUGGAUAUAGUAUGCUUAAUAUGGAGUGCUUACUCAGAAGAGUAAGAAAAGUCUUUGCAAGGCUUUCCUGUGCUUGCUUAACUUUUAGUUCUCAUAUUGUGGUUUGAAACCUGUGAAGAUCAUUCUCUGGGGGAAAAACCAAACCAACCAACCUGCUUGAAUUUAUACAUAUGCAUUUACAUCAGAGUGCGUAUACAAUAUAGAAACAUAUAAAAAUGGCAAUAUUUACAUUUCAUCUACACUGAAUGGCUUGAAGCCAUUUCUUUUCUCUUAGCACUCUUUCAGCUCUGAAAUAAUUUGAUGCAUUGGUCUAUAAAUAUUAAUAAACCUGACUGUUUUGGGGUGCUCUUGAAGUUCAUUCUUAAAAGCCAGAUUUUCAUGGCGAAUGUUGUUAGAUUUAUUGGUUUAAUGUUCCUUAGCUUACUGAUCUUGCAGUUCUUGUGCAUAGAAAGACAACUCAAUAUACAAUUUUCCAUUUAAGGAUUGCAAAGAUAGUUUAUUAAUCUACCAAGAGCAAAUCCUAGUAAUGGUCAAAGCUUGUCUAUUUUGACUAUUAAUUCUGAUUAAUUGUACUUGCAUUCUCCCUCAUCUGGCUAACUUUAAAACAUUUCCAAAUUACAAAUAAAUAAUUCAAUUUGAAAAGAAAAUAAUUGUUACAUUGAAGCCUUGAAUAUAGUUCAUAACCAAAGCAAGGGGAAACUGGGGGUUUGUGCGGUUUUUUUUUUUGUUUGUUUGUUUUCCUGGGGGAAAGAAGAGAGUAUAGAUUAGAAUAUAUGGUACUGCUUAAAUUGAGGAUGGUGUUUUGUUUUUUUUUUUUCCCAAGUUCUCUGCUAAUUGUAUUGCUAAAAUGCACUUUUGUAUAGAAGACUGUCCUCUGUACAUUCUGUAUUUACUUUCCACAAUGUUUAUAGAGAUUUUUCUGAGGUUGUGAAGGAUUUACUGAAAGCUGCAAUGCUGGUGGCUGAUGCUGUUGACUUCAAGAUUUCAUUGUAUUUGAAAAUAGUUAUGUGCAUAUUGAAGUACAGGUUGGAAUUAAAAUUGAUGACAUAGCAAAGAUAUUCUGA